AUGCAAGACAGCAGCCACCCACAGGCCAGAGACAUCACGGAGCAAACGAACCCUCUCACUCCGACUCUAUCCGUGGAGGAUGUCUCUGACGACAGACCAAACUCUCGUGACGACAGUCAAAGUCCGCUUGGAAAAGAACUCGCAAAUCCUGCACAAAGUCCUACAACGGGAAAUGAAUGUGAUGUUUCUGGCUCUGAAGACCUCAGCAUCCGGGAAGAGCUCAAUUUGUACCAAAUGCUCGACGAGCCUUUGGCUCAUGACCAUUCUCUGACUGCCACGAAGAAGUCGUAG